AUGCAUUACCUGGUGUUUUUCAUUACUUUGUCUCAAGUUUUCCAAUGGGUCACUUUCGGUUUGGCAUUGCCAUUGAAUUCUUCUUUUGCGUCUCCAGUAAAUGAUAUUACCAUUGUCUCCAAUAUGACAGUGGUCGAUGACAUUUUGUAUGCUCAAUUACAUAGGAAAAUACUAAGAGUCGACCUAUCACCUAAUUUAACUCAGACUCAAAAAGAAAUGUUAAAGACUCUUCUCUCUAUCACAGGUGGUCAUAAUUUCCUUAAAGGAGAUACCAUGACAGAAGUGGUUGCAAAAAUUAUUAACGAAGCUGAAAAGAAUGUUGUAAGAGCCAGUCGUAAAUUUUCAGAAGGCUGGAAUCUUCCUAUGGGUGCUCUUACCUUAUUGGCCAACUCUACGGAAUUAAUGAAUGAAGUAAUCAAGGUACAAAGAGCAUUCACAUAUUCUCCAAAACUCCGUAAGGAUGGUUUCAAGAAUUUUUUAAAACAUAAAUUAUUGUUUGGACCAAUAUUGAAAAGGGUCCAUGAUGACGUAAUGACAAACCUUAAAUACAACAGAUGGAAAUUGUUUUACGCUAGAAAAGAAUAUGGGAUAUUUAGAAGUGAGACAAGGGUUUUUAAGAAAACAUUUCGCGGCUUAAUUUGGAUUGAAUCUAUUUUCCAGGAACUUUCACCAUUGGUAGAUAAGUUGGUUGAAAAAGGUAUUAUCCCAGAGCUCACAGAGUUGAAUCAAAAGGACUACGAUAGGCUUUCUCUUUUAGGUAGAAUGCCUACUGAAGAAGAAAAAGAAAUAUUAGCAGAGAGUCUAGGAAAUAUUGUAGGGCAAUCAGAGGUAGAGGGUAAAAUCCAUGCAAGUGCAGAUGAAAGAGAAGUCUUUUUCUGGAUUCUGUAUGGUAUAACUAUUGCAUGGACUUUCUUUUGGUUUUCCCUUAAGUGUGCUUCACUACAAGGUUGCGUAACAGUUGUAGUGUUCUUAACUGUUUUCCAUUUUCUGGUUCUUCUUAUUGUCACUGAUACUGCUGCUACAACUUUAGCCGCUUUCGAGGAGGCCGGUGUUUUAUAUUGA